CAGAGAGCUGUGAUAGGGUGAGAACAGAGCAGCAUCCCUCUUUUCUCUGAUGUAGACCUCAGGGGGUCAGGACCAGACACCCAAAGCAUAGCACACGCUCCCUUACAAAACCAAGGCACUUCUACUGCAAAAUCUACUGUACACAGAGUGCAAUGGAAGACUAUAACAACUCUGCAGGCUCAUUGGACAUCUUCCUGGCCACUAAUUUCACAAGUGACUCCACAAAUUCGUCCACUGUCACAGAGGACUACAGCGAUUACACUUCUGUUUCUACAGACAAUACAACUUUGGAAGAGCUAUGUGUGGGCAGUGCGUGGCAGGAGACGUAUAUCAAGGUUGUCCAGAUCACGGUUCUCCCCCUCGUCUUUGUCCUUGGUGUAAUCGGGAAUGUGCUGGUCAUCGCAACCUUUGCCCGCUACCGCUGCCUCCGUCUGCGCUGCAUGACCGACGUCUUCCUCUUCUAUCUCGCGCUGUCCGACCUGCUGCUGCUGCUAACAUUGCCGCUACAGACCGCCGAGACUAUCCAUGGUGACUGGGUUUUUGGAGAUGUCCUGUGCAAGCUCAACAGUGGCAUGUAUGCUAUCAAUACAUAUGGCGGCUUACUGCUGCUGGCUUGUAUAAGUGUUGACCGCUACCUGGUUGUGGUUCGGGCCAGGGCCGCACACAGGCUACGUCCGAGCAUGUUGUGCUACAGCAAGCUGUCUGCUAUCGCUGUGGCGCUAAUCUCUGUUAUCCUCAGCCUGCCGGAGCUCCUCUUCUCCUCUGUGUGCAAAGGAAUGUUGGAUGGCGUGGAGAGGUGUGAGAUGAAUAUAUGGGUGAAAGACAGCGGGUGGGUGAAAAAGUGGGAAGGCGUGGCUAAAAUCACUGGUUUCUGCAUACCUUGCGUGGCCAUGCUAGUGUGUUACACGACCAUUGGGUAUGUGUUGGUGCAGGGAGGAUGGAAAUGCUGGCGGAGGCAGCGGACCCUACGCCUCAUGGUGGCGCUGGUGGUGCUCUUUCUGCUCUUCCAGCUGCCAUACACCAUAGUGCUGUCAUUCAGAGUGACAACAGUUAUAAAAGACUGUGACCUCUGGGGCAGUAUUUAUAUGAGACAAGACAUCACCCGCAGCCUGGCAUACGUCCGCUGCUGCCUCAACCCUGUUCUGUACGCCCUUGUGGGCGUGAGAUUCAGGAACGAUGUAAUGAGAUUGCUGCAGGAUUGUGGUUGUACAUGUGCUUGUCUGAAACACAUGACACUACUGCCAAGUGGUGGCAGCUCGGUGACUCCCUCCUCCCCUCCUCCUACUACUCUCUCACCCCUUCCCUCCGCUAAUGGGCCCCCUAAAAACCUUUUUGCCUAUAGCACGCCCUCCCAGCCACAGGCUGAUGCUGAUGCUGCUCAACAAUCCCAAAAAGAUCCUGCUUACGUGAGCUGGGGACAGCACUGAUUCAGCCUCCUCCUGCAACAGCAUUUUAAUUCCUUCCAAAGAAUACCAGUUCCAACUGACUGCUGUAUAUAUACUUUUAAGAGUUUUAGAUUGUAAAAUACUUAAACAAGGCUCAGCAAAGCAAGCAUGAUCAGGGUAAAACUAAUCUUAAGAAUGCAGCUAUUUAGAGAAGUAUUUGUAGUAGAAAUUCGUUUCCAUUCC